CUUUGGAAUUCAAAACUUCCAUGAGCACCUUCAUGUCACAAACUAUUGUCAAUGGAGCACUAGUGGUAGACACAUUUUUCUUUCUCGGAGGUUUUCUGACAUGCUAUUUAUUUACAAUAUUGGUGAUACAGAAAAAGCAUCCAUUUAGCAUACCUUUGUAUUUGCUCCAUCGAUUGUGGAGGAUAUUUCCUGGAUACGCUUUUAUCAUCAUGAUCACGAUGCUUAUACCUUUGGUGGGUUCUGGGCCUAUAUUUAAAGAAUCCGUUCGGAACAUAGUCCUACCAUGUCAUUACUUGUGGUGGUUGAAUUUGUUGUUUGUGAAUAAUUUCAGCGAUAUAAUGUGCCUUCCACAUACCUGGUACAUAGCUUGCGAUGUGCAGCUGCAUGUGGCUGCUAUUAUGGUUUUGCUGCCUCUUAAAAGGUGGCCAAAGAUCGGAGUUUCUGCGUGCGGAGCUUUCAUUCUCGCUUCCGUAAUUUAUACCGGAACGAUAACGUAUUUAAAAGAUCUUCCUCCGACAAUGCUAAUGACAAUUUAUGAUUUAGAAGAGUUGGUUUAUUAUUGGCGGUACAUUUAUUCUAAGCCUUUUGCACACGCAGCUCCUUAUCUAAUUGGAAUUCUUACGGGAUAUAUGCUAUCGGUGAAAGCUGAAAUCAAAAUACCUAGGAAAAUGCAAGUGAUUGGUUGGUGUUUGGCGAUUACUUUCAGCUUGACGGCUUUGUACGGAACGACAGAGUGGAAUAAAGGAAGUCCAUCGAUGGUGGUGGAGAAAAUUGCAUAUGCUAGUUUUCAUAGGGUUGCCUGGACUACAGGAAUAGCCUGGAUGGUCAUUUCUUGCAUUACUGGUUCUGGAGGAAUCGUCAACUACAUAUUAUCUUGGAAAGUUUGGAUGCCUCUGGGAAGACUCUCUUUUCUUGUAUAUCUAAUUCAUCCAUUAGUGCAACAAAGUUUCAUAGCAGUUGCUAAAUCAACAGAAGUGUUCUCCCAUUACAACAUGAUAAAUGAAUUCUUUGCUCAUCUUUGUAUUUCCUACCUGUUAGCUUUUCUGUGUGCUAUGUUUGUUGAAUACCCUAUAGUAGCCUUGGAAAAGAUAAUCUUCUCAGAAAGACUCAAGAAACUGGAGAAUGCGCCCCUGAAUGAGAACACUGUUUUUAGCAAUAAUGCGAAAGACAUUUUUAAUAAUCAAAUUUUUACUAUCACGGGUUCAAAAUUAGCUGAAACUAAACUCCAAAAUGCAGUUAUUGUUAAAAGCUUUACUGCAACAGAGCAGAUGUGGAAAAAUUGAAACUUCAGAAAUUUCCAUUUUUAAUAUUAACUUUGGAAAUGUAUAACUCAUGUAAUCUUGUUUUUGGGGAGAUUACCUUGAAAGUAAUUUCAGGAGGUAAUAAUUAUCUUGGGAAAUAAAAGCAAUUUUUAGGUGCAACAGGGUAAUUCAAAAGGUUAACGCUGUGUGAAAAUAUGAUAUGUUUUGAGAUAAUACAGUGUGAAAUGUAAAUUUUUCUAAGAGAAGAGAAGAAGAUUAGAGGAAGCAUAUCAUAAACACAUAUGGCCUUCUAGUGGAAAGUUAUGGUUUAACAAAUCUAAAACUCAAAACAGCGUAACAUGUAUGUAUACUCAAGCAAUACAUACAAUGUUAAUUAUAAUGGAAAAAUUAAUUCGGAUUGGCAUUUUAAUAUAAGUCAUUAUAGUAUUCAGUAGUUAGGGAAAAGCAUACUUUUCAGUUUUAUUACGGUAGCCAUUUUUUUCUCUAAAUCAACAACCGAAGUUUAAAAUCCUAAUUUCAUUCGACUCCGCACUGACUGAAUAAAUUACGUGGCCGUUCGAGAUUAUAAAUCAUUACAGAAAUUUCGUAGUCAAUCGUCUUUCACAUAUUUCCCAUACUCAUUUUUAAUUUAUUUAUUAUUGAUUUUAUUUAUGUGUUCAAUAUACGCGCAACAACCUGUUCGUUGAAUGUGUUUGUCGUCUGAUUCUUGUACAUUUGUAAUCCAUUCUACGGUAGAAAAACUGGUCGCUUUAGUGUAUAUUGCAGCGUAACACUAUAUAUUCUAAAUACGUAGUAUACCUGUUCGUAAGUAAUAUUAAAAUCAGUAAAUGAUCUUAAAAUGUUGAAUAUUUUUUCCCAAACUAUAUUGUAUGAGGUAGUAGAUAAGACAUUUGCUGCAUUUAAAAAAAAGCUUCAGUCCCAAAUCAGAACAAUCAUAUUAGAACCAAAGAGAAAAAAUGUAAUAACUGUUACUUUAACUAUGUCCAAUUAAGAGCAACGUAGGAAAAUAUCAUUACCAAAAAAAUUUUUUUAAUUAAAAUUAAUUCUUUCUUUAUUCAAAUCUAAUAAUUAGUACGGAACUAAAAAGUUAGCUUUUAAGCGAUUGCUUCAGAAGAACAUUUAGAAAACCUUCAAACAAAAUUAAAGGAAAUUCUGCGAAUAGAGAGGAGCUAUUAUAAAAUUCUUCUUGUGUUCAAUAUAAUUUAAUUAGAAAUUACUAGAUUUCCAUAAGCAGUAAUUCAACGUUUUACGAAAUGUUACUGAGAAUGUACUAAAGAAUGCGAAUUCCAUUACGGACAUCAAAAGAGGGGGGAAAAUAAUAAGUGUAAUUUUUAUUGAUUUUGUUUUUCUUUUGUUUACUUAAUCAAUUACGUCAAAGUAUAUUUUACUAUUUGGAAAUAUACUACUUGUAAAGUCAUAAGAUAUACUAUUUUGAAAUAAUCUUGGUACUUUUUUUUUUUUUUUUUUUUUUUUAUGGAAAGAAACAGAUUGUACAAUAAUAUUAUGCACUCUGAAUCUCAGGCUGAGCUGCCGAAACAAGCAUUGAUAAUUAUGUACAAAAUGAAGUAAAGCAAAUUAAGAGUGACUACAUUUAAUAAUUCAACAAAUUUCACAAACGCAAUUAACAAAACUAUUAUUCAAUUACUAGUGAUUUUUAUUUGAAAUUCUUUAUAAAAUUGUAACUUGUUUGAAUGCCUGAAUUUCAUUUCUUAUUAAAUUUUAUUAUUUAAUAUUUUCCAGUUAUUUCCGGAACAAUUUACUAUUUUAAAAUUCAGCUAUCAGUAACAAAAUUUAAAUUUAUGGGUUUUUUACAUGUCCUUUACAUUAAAAAAUAAUUGCAAUUAUAAUAAUGGUUUGCCAUUUAACUGUUGUUUUCUCUGUUAGAACUAAUUACAAUUUACAUAAAUUAAGGAACUGAAAGUUCCAAAAUUUUGAAGAAAAGUUAUCUUUUCUUCUCUUUACGUCUUCUACUUUUAUUAAACUUUUAAUCGUUAUUCUCACAAAACAUCCUGCUUGGAACUAAUAUUAACUGCUUGCUUUUCUUUCUCUUUAAGCAUAUAUAGGUUCCAAGCGGAAAAAAAAACUGAUUUAAAUUGAAUAUAAUUAUUUUUAUCCAAAAAAAAAUAGAAGUUAUAGCACAUAAGAGCAUUUUCUCAGUUACUGUGAAUUGCUUUUAUAUUAAUAAAAUUUCUCAUUAUAUUAAGUAGGAUUUAAGUAGCAAUAAAGCACAUUCAUUUUAAAAAAGAAAAGCAAUUGCAAAUAUUUAAUAGAUAAUUUUUUAUAAUUAAACAAAAUAAAAAGAUGAGUCAUAGUUUUGUUAUUAUGAGAAACAAUUAUAUGUAAUACAGUAUAACUAGACUAAAUAUUCUAUAUUAAUUGCAUUUUGACAACUUUAAUGCGAUCAUAAUGAACAAUAUUGAUAAAAUCUUUGUUAAAUUUACUGCGUUUUUGAAAGCAUGUUAUAAGUGAGCAAUUCAGUUCAUAGUAUCCAUCACAAACUGCACUCAUUUACUCAUUUGUUUGUUUCGCAACAUGAAUUGUAAAAUAGUUCACAUUCUAAACUUUUCUCCGGAAUUAUCAAAACUACUGCAUUUUGCUCCUGGUUAUUAUGCAUUAUUACUCCUGGUUAUUAUGCAUUAAUUGAACCCAAUGUUAUCAAAAACUGUUUAUGUAAGCACUGAGUCAAUUUCAGUGCAAAUUCUUGUCUACAUUUGUGUUCUUUGGCGAAUAAAAACGCUUUUCUGUUUGA